ACUACACCGUUAAAGGCGUUAAAUUCAUUCUUUGAAUUAUUUGAAGUGGUUAAAUUCGUUAUUGUUGAAAAAAAGACCGACUGAAUUUGUUGAAUGUUAAAAAGCUUUAAAAUAGGAAAUUUAAAAUGUGCGAUACUCCGUUUAAAUCACCUUAUCCUCACAAAAACACAAAAGCAAGACAUCUACAUCAAAAGUCCGAUAGUGAUGAAAGCAUAAAUUCUGAAACUUGCUCUACAAAUUCUAAUUCCGGUUCGCUAAAUGAUCUUACUAUUGUAGCCUUGUUUGAUGAACAGCAGCGAUUAUAUCUGCAGCGACUAAAAGAUAGAGAUAACUUGUGUGAAGGAUUUUUUAAUUGUGCAGAACAAACAAAAUUAUUAUAUGAUGAGUGGGAAAAAGCUGUAGAUGAGUGUAUAAGGCUCAGAAAUGAAGUCGAUAAGAAAAUUGACGAUGGAAAUGAGGCCAAUAGAUCACUUAAGAAUGCAAGAAAAAUGUUGGAUGAAGAGAUUAAAAAAAGAAAAUUGGCGGAACAACAACGAGAUGAGCUCCAGCAUCAGAUAGCUAAGUUUUGCAAUGCUAUUGUCAAGGACAGUAGAAACAAAUUGGUGGAUGAUGCCAAAGAGCAAAUCAGCAAUCUUUAUACAGGAAGGAUGAGUUUUGGCGAUCCUGAUCGUUUAAGCGCUAUUAAAGAAGUAAAUUCAACUGGGUCUAUUCUUUCUGACUUUAGCUUUUCUCGUUCUGAAGAUGAUUUAGAUUCUUCUAGAUGUCAUCAUAGGCCAAAUAAAGAGUGGACUAAACGUCAGCAAACUGAUAAUUUAGAGGAGCCUGCAAGUAAAAAGAGGAAAUCGAGUACUAGUAAGGCUGUGGAUAUUGGAACUACAGAAACUGUUAGAGCUACUACAACUCUAACUGUGAGUAAAGAUGGUCCAAUUAAAGCCACUUCAAUUAUUGAAUCAGUGCCUAGAUCUGAUAUGGAACAUUUAGCUCCUCCAGAUUUGGUUUUUGAAUCUUGGGGACGUCAAGAAGAAAAAGUCAGCAGCCAAUUUCAAGACAUCAAUAGCAAUUAUAGGCAACAUACAUUCCAGCCAAAAAUCGUUGUAAUGCCAAACACUUGUUCUGUGUGUGAAAAGAACAUUCGUUUUAGCAAAACUGCUCUUAAAUGUAAAGAAUGCCGCCUUAUGUGCCAUAUGGAGUGUAGAGAUUUGAUGCCUACACCUUGUGUACCAGCUAUGAACACGCCCAGUGCAAAGAAAUUCACUGGUACUAUAGCCGACUAUACACCUACAAGUCCUCCCAUGGUCCCAGCUCUCAUUGUUCACUGCAUUAAUGAAAUUGAGCAAAGAGGCUUAAAUGAAUUAGGUAUUUAUAGAAUUCCAGGAUCUGAAAAGGAUGUAAAAGGCUUAAAAGAGAAAUUUCUGACCAGUCGGUUGACACCUAAUUUAAAAGAAGUUGACAUUCACGCAAUUUGCGGCUGCCUAAAAGAUUUCUUACGGUCUCUAACAGAACCCCUUUUAACCCAGACACUCUGGCAAGAUUUCGUCACAGCUAUAAGAUCCACAGAUCCCAAUGAUGUUGCUCCUGCUUUGUAUGAAACCAUCUCUCGACUACCUCAACCAAAUAGAGAUACUUUGGCUUUUGUGAUAUUGCAUUUACAAAAAGUAGCACAAUCCCCUGAAUGUAAAAUGCCUACAGACAAUUUAGCAAAAGUAUUUGGACCUACAAUAGUUGGUUACUCAUCAGGUGGCUACUCAGGAGACCCUGAUAAAUUAGUAGAAGAGUCUAGAAGUAUUGUAAAGGUGAUGGCUCAUCUUUUGAACAUUCCAGGUGAUUUUUGGACAAACUUUAUAAAAGUUUGUUUAACACCUUCUACGCACAAACUGCAGCAGACUCCUAGUACGGAUUCCUUGCUGAGACCAACAGCUUCCAGAUUUUACACACCUAGGUCCGAAGGAAGAUUUAGAAAAAAGAGGGAAGGGAAGUUUUUUGGAACUCCACCUGCAUAUAAAUAAAAGUAUCAGGUUGUCCCAAAUCAUUUAAACUAUGUAAGGGAGUGAAGUGUAAACAUAUUAAGUAUUUUUAAUUUGUUUCUGUACAAGUAUAACUUUUAUUUUUUAACUUAUUAAUUUUUUUUAUGAUUGUAAAUCAUCUUUUUAUUAAUUAUAUACAAAGGUGUUAAUAAAUUUAAUUAAUCAAAGUCAAUAAGAAAUUCCUCCAUAAGAUAAAAACCAAUCAAAAAUUGGUUCUAGUUCCAUUUUAUGUAGCUUAAAUGUAUUUGGGUAAGAAUAUUUUAUAAUUUCAUAGUAAUCUUAUAUAAUUACUAAGAACAAAAAUAUUCUGUAUUAUUGCAAUUUAAAAUAUUUAAUAGUGCUUAGAAGUUUUUUAAAGUAUUAGAUUCGAUUACAAAGGUAGCUGAAAAAAUAUUUUGCAAUGUUUUGACUGAUUGAAGAUUUUUUACUUUCGACAUAUUCACAUACAUUAGGCAUUAAAAUUUGUGUAAAAUAAUUAUGCAAAUAAAAUCAUAACAAUAAAAUAUUUAAAAAUAAAGCAGAACAUUAUUAAUGUUCAAUGAUUAGUAAUAAACCUUCAUAUAAUUAAUCAAUCAAUACUGUAAUAUUAAAUACCAGCAGAAACAUUUGUAAUAUUUUAUGUAUACAAAAUGAUCUGAUCCACUUUACUUUUUUCUCGGAAUAAGGAAUGUCAAAUAGAAUACACAAUAAAAAUAGAUUUUAAUUCAUGAUUUAUGAGGUGACCAUAAAAGAAACUAAAAAUAAAAAAAUUUGUAUUAUAAUUUUAACAAUAUUUUUAACAAUGUAUUUCAUUGGAUCCCUACUCUAUGGUGAUAAAUACAAAAAAGUAGAUGGAACCAAAGUUCCCAAAAUAUCGUUUAUUUCGCUUUUUUGUAUCAAAAAUAUUUGUCUAUAAUAAAACUAAAUGGAACAGUUGUUUAGUUCUUAAAUACGUACAAAAUUGAUGUUUUGUGUGGGGUAAUAAUACUCCACUUAUAAGAUCUAUUGUGUCCUCUUCUGCCGCUAAUGCAGUAAGGGAAUAGUCUCGAUAGGAUUUGGAGUGUCUCCAAGUUGGGUAGAUCUCCCUCUUUUAUUUAUUAUACUCCUAAGUAUAGUGCCCUUGGAUUCUGGGGUGCUACAGAUUCAGUAAGAAUGUGAAUGGAGGUUUAAUUAUCCUUACAGAAUCUGCAUUCACUAUCUUCUACUAGUCUCAUUUUACUAAGGUGUCCUUUUAAUCAGCAAUGUCCGGUAAGGAGCCCUGUUGCAAUGCGAUGUCCGCCCUUGCUCAGACAUACAGGAUUUCGAUCUUUUCUGAUUAUAGUCACCCAGAAGUAUCUUAUCCCCAAGGGAUCGUUUCAAUUAGCGGUUUAUCUACUGCCCAAUUGUUACACAAUAAAUAUUAUUGUUCGAUAUUUCAAUUUGUGUUAUAGAAACGCCAAUGAGUUCGAAGUAAAAGUUAUAUGCAUUUGCAAUAGGUGCACUUUAAAAAUAUUUUUGGAUAUAGUGUUAUGCUUUUGCCUGGCAAAUCAACAAAAUAUUUAUUAAAUUUAACAUCGUGAAUUUUAUUUCGGUUUUAGAAUUAUCUGGUAAUACUGUAUUUAACCUUAGGAGUUGCCGAGCAUUUUUUGAAAUUAGAGAAUGAUUGAGCCAGUAAUAAAAUUGUCAUAUUUCAAAAUUGUUUAAAUUACAGGUAUCCAGCUAACGAAUAAACUCGCAUUUUCGACCCAAAAUUAUGAUUGAACACUUGCUUUUUUUGGACCGCCCUAUAUAUUUUGACAUAAGUAGAAGUAGUAGACGACAAUUUAUCCAUUGUUAAAUUUUUGGAUUUGAGAGCACCUUUGGGAAGUAAAACAAAUUUUACAUUUUUGAAUUUCUACGUUUGUCAGCACCAUAUACUAAGAAAAAGUGAAAUAAGUAUGAAUUAAUAUUUAGCCAUAGUCUUAAAUUAUUGCAUCAAAUCGUAACCGUUUUAAGUAUACAGGGUGGUCACACCUAAUUUUUGAAUAUUCAUAAUUUCAAGUGGUUUUUCUAGAUAAUUUUAAAUGAAGCACCCUGUAUUUUUCUUUUUAUAGACGAGGAAUUUGAUACCUAACAUUUUUUAUGAGUAGAUCUGCAUACCUAAGAUCAGUCGUUUCGAUAAACCUCAUUCGUCAAAAAAAAAAUGAUCUAACGAGUUAAAAAUUUUGCGAAAGUUGCUGAAAAUUUACUUGCAUUUUUCCUAAUACACAGUUGAAGUUUUUUAAUUAUUAAUCCUGUUUACGUGGAAACAAUAAAGGUCUUUAUUUUUCUAAGAAAACAUUCAUUCAUCCAUUUAAUUAUGCGUCUAGAAGAAAAUUUGUAUUAAAAUAUUGAUUUUUUCCGCCUAAAACCGGCCAAUAUAAUAACUACACAUUAUUACAAAGUUGUCAAAUAUUAUACUCAGAAGGCGAAUAUUUUCGUCUUCUUGUUGUCAGUUAUUGUAUUUUUAUUAUUUUAUCUGACUUGUGGACAGUUUCAAUUUCAGUUUCAAACUGAAACAUAUAUGAAGUUCUAAAUAUUUUAUAUGCAUGGGGUACUGCUUAAUGAAAUCGAGGGAUUUAGGUAAACAUACUAAUCCUUUAUAAUUAUGGUCACAUUUAAAACAUUUAUUUAUAUUUUUUGAUUUGCAUUUUAAUUUAUAAAAACUAACCAUCUAUCCAAGUAAAAAAAAAGUUAUAUAUUAGAAUUUUUAUUAUUGCUAGCUAAUUAUUUAUUUAAAAUUUUCAUCAACAACUACACAAAAUUUUAAAUUAUAUUAUCAGUUAUCAGUAAAUCUUAUUAGACGCUACCCUUUUUAUUUAGCUGCCACACCAUUUUAUGCAUUGUCUAGAAUUGUUAAAAUAAAGAACAGACACACCUAAUUAUUAUUGUAUUUCACUCUUCUUACAAUUCACAUCCAGAUGGGAUUAAUAGGAAAAUAAAAGAAGACAUUUGAUUUAUUGGAACACGCCACGGGACAUACAAGGCAACAUUUUAAACUUUAAUAAUUAUUUUUUCGGCUUCCGUGAUAUCUGAAUGGCAAAAGUUUGCUUAAGUAUGUUAUAGCUCUAAUUCUAAAACUUAAUAAUAUUCAUUUUAUAUACGAGUAGAGUUUGAAGUCGAAAAUAAAAAAUAGGACUAAAAAUUUUGGUUGAAUAACUUGUGUUGAGUAUUGUUACGUUUUAGGGAAAAUUAAAUUAAAAUUUUAAAAAAAUUAUAUAUUAUUUUUAUGUUUAAUAUUAUAAAGUUUGGAAAUAAGUAAAAAUAUUUAUUUGGAAAAAUAUUUUCUAUUUACUUGAUGACAAUUUUACCUUGGCCACCCCAGCAACCUGAAAGUAAGGAACAAUUUAUGAGUAAGACCCUUUCCCAAGAAAAAGAACAAGAAUAACACGUAUCAAGAACCUAUAUUGCUUCAGAAGAAGAAAGAUAUAUUUACAGAGUAAAACCUAUCAUUAUCGAACUCACAGAUGAUCUCAUAACCAUUGAAACGACUGAAGAAUUUCCAAAAUAUUCUUCAGAUACGCAUCCCAUUAAUCCAAAAACUGAAGAUACUAAAGAUGAUAUUUAUUAAAUGCUCGAGCCUGAUCUUAAAAGUUCCCCCGAGUAUGUUGCUGCAAUAACGAGCGACAGCGAUAUGUUUACAAAAAAUCUACUGAAAUUGAAUCCUAGGCACCGAAAACAGGUUUUACAAAAAACACAAAAUUCCAUAAUUACCAAAGAACAAUUGUAAUAAGAUUUGAACGCUUCCCCAAAAGUGCUGCUUAAAAAAAAACACUCUUAUUUCAAAAGUUUACAAGGUGUUAUCAAAAAGUGAUGAGCAAAUUAUCAUACAUCUCGAACCCAAAUUAGUGAUAGACCAGAGCAUACUGGCGCAUUCGUUUGCAAAAUUGUUUUAAUCCUAUUUUUUUUUUAAAUGUCCGGAAGGCUUUCCUGAUUAUAAAAGUGUAAGAUGACACUCGAUAUCUGUUGAUGUUAUUGUUUAAACAACGAAAAAUUAAUUAAGCCAGAAAAAAUGCAUUUUUUGCAAUGAAUUAUUUUUUUUAUAUUCUUUAGGAUAUUUCGAAUAAAAAAGUCAUUACGCCCAUCAUCGUAUCUUCAACCCUUUAAUUGUUAUGAAUUUUUUUAAAAUCCAAAAUUGACGAAAUUCUAAUUUUCUUGAAUUAAAU